CCACCUGCCCAGUUCCCACGUAGUGAGGUGUCUUAAUGGCCUCCAGGACAGGGCUGUCCGCAUGAGAAGAGAAAUCUUAAAAGGAGAAGAGCAGACAGUGGAGUGAAGACACAAUAGUUUUAAACAGAGCUAUGGCCUCGGCCAGGGAUGAAGACAUGGAGGAUCGACUGGUACACAUUAAGCAAGAGGAUCGUGAGUGGGGCGCAUUGACAGACUUGUGCGUAAAGUCGGAGGAUUCUGAUGAAACAAAUUCAAUUUUUCAAGAUGAGAAGGCUGCCGCCAAUAAAGUUGAGGAAUGUGAAGAUCUGUCAGUUAGUCGUGAACUGCAAAAGCACAAAACUGGGAAUGUUUUGAAGCAAGAGGUCGGUGAAGAGUCUCAUUCCAGUUUACAACCCUGGGUUGGUCAUACGGGACAACUGGCUACCCAGCAGCAUUCUGCUGAGCUGAAAUCGGAGUUAUCGGAGUCUGAAGGGAACGGGAGAGACGCAGAAGAGCAGAAGUCCUCUAGGAGUGCGGGAAUAGACUUUCAAGAGAUCGGCAGCUUCUCCCUGUCAUCAUUUGUUCAGACCUCUCUUCAAUGUAGACCACAAGACAAAUGGGACAAGGAGAAGACAAAAUCAACAAGAGGAUCUGAGAAUUUGACAGCAGCUUCUUUCCAGUGUAAUUCUCUUCCUAUGAGAGAAGACGUCACUACUAAACAAGAACAAGGGGAUAACACAGAUCAAGAGGCCUUGCAUGCUGGCCAAGAGUGUGGAAAAACAUUUAAAAACAAGUUUGACUUUAAAGAUAUCAAAUCAACUCAUUCAAGACCAAAGUCAUAUUACUGUUUUGAUUGUGGCAAACAAUUCACUGUCAGUAGCCAUCUAAAGAAGCACAUAAGAGUUCACACUGGAGAAAAACCUCAUUGCUGUUCUGAAUGUGGCAAACGAUUCUCUGCCAGCAGCAGUCUCCAAAGACAUAAAAGAACCCACACUGGAGAAAAGCCGUAUGGCUGUACUGAUUGUGGAAGAAGAUUUUUUGACAGUAACUGUCUUCGGAUCCACGCACGAAUUCAUACAGGAGAGAAGCCGUUUGGCUGUUCUGAAUGUGGUAAAAGAUUUACAGAGAGUACAAAUCUUCAGAGGCACAACAGAAUUCAUACAGGAGAGAAGCCAUAUGUCUGUUCUGAAUGUGGAAAAAAAUUCACCAGAAGCGUCCAUCUUCAGAAUCACAUAAGAAUCCACACAGGAGAGAGGCCUUAUUGCUGUUGUGAAUGUGGCAAACGAUUCUCUGAUAAUAGCACUCUUCGCCUGCAUAAACAACUUCAUACUGGAGAGAAGCCAUAUUGCUGCUCUGAAUGUGGCAAGCAAUUCUCUAACAGUAGCAAUCUCCGGCAACACAAACAACUUCACACAGGAGAGAAGCCUUAUGUCUGUUCUGAAUGUGGCAAACUAUUUGGCCAAAAUAGCAGUCUUCGAAAUCACCUAAGAAUUCACACAGGAGAGAAACCAUAUUGGUGUCCUGAAUGUGGUAAACUAUUCACUGACAGUAGCACUCUUCGCCAGCAUAGACAAAUUCAUGCAGGAGACAAGCCAUUUAGCUGUUCUGAAUGUGGCAAAAUAUUUUCCCUUAAGCGGAGUUUACGAAAACACAAAAGAAUCCACGCUGUUCCGCAGUUUGCAAAGGAGCCUCCUUCCCAGUUCACCUGGCCAUUCAGUGAGAUGUCUAAUGGCCUCCAAGCCAGGGUUGUCUAUAUGAUGGCCUCAGUUGAUAAUGAAGCUAUGGGUGAAAGGCUGGCACACAUUAAACAAGAGGUCUGUGAGUGGGCGGCACCAGCAGAUGUGUGCGUGAAGGCGGAGGAUUGUGAGGGAAGAAUUUCCGUUUUUAAAGAAGAGGAGUUAGAGGAGGGUACUGUCGACAUUAAAGUCGAGGAAUCUGAGGAUUUGUCAGUCAGUCUUGAGCUGCAAAAGCACGAGAUUGGAACUAUUUUCAAGAAAGAUAUCUGUGAAGAAUCUCAUUCCAGUUUACAGUCCUGGUUCACUAAUACUGGACAUCUGGCCUCCCAGCACAAAUCUGUGGAAAUGAAAUCGGAGUUCUCUGAAAUUGACGUGAGAAUCGGUGAAGGAAACAGGAGUAAAGGAGAAGAGCAGAAGUCCUCUAGGAGUGUGGGAAUGAAUUUCCAAGAAAGUGGCAGCUUCUCCCCAUCUUCGUUUGCUCAGCCCUCUCUUCAGGGCAGACUGCAACCCAGACAGAGCAAGGAGAAGAUGUUGAAUACUUCAGGUGCACCAGGGGAUUUGACAGCAGCCUUGUUGCAGUGUAGUUCUGAUUCUGCUGUGAAAGAAGCACAGGUAGAAGCUGUCAACAUCGACCAGCAACAAAUGCAUAACACGGAUAAAGAGGCUUUGUAUACUGGCCGAAAGUGCAGAAAAACCUCCAAAAACCAGAAGUCGAUUCAUGCGAGAGAGAAGCUAUAUGCCUGUUCUGAAUGUGGCAAAAUAUUCCUCCAUAACCACAGUAUUCAAUUACACAUAAGAAUUCAUACAGGAGAAAAACCUCAUUGCUGCUCGGAGUGUGGCAAACAGUUCUCUUCCAGUAGUAGUCUGCACAGGCAUCGAAGAGUCCACACCGGAGAGAAGCCCUAUGGUUGCGCUGAAUGUGGCAAACGAUUUAUUGACAGCAGCAAUCUUAAGCAGCACACACGAAUUCAUACUGGAGAAAAGCCAUAUUCCUGUGCUGAGUGUGGGAAACUAUUCACCAAUGUCUGCAAUCUGCGGCAGCACAUGCGGAUUCAUACAGGAGAAAAGCCAUACUGCUGUUCUGAAUGUGGUAAAAGAUUCCCCCAUAAAUGCACUCUGCAAAGACAUACAAGAAUCCACACUGGAGAAAAACCAUAUAGCUGUUCUGAGUGUGGGAAAAGAUUCUCUGAUGGCAGUGCUCUUAACUAUCACACGCAAGUCCAUACUGGAGGAAAGCCAUAUUGCUGUUCUGAGUGUGGCAAAAGAUUCCCCCAUAACAACAGACUACAGAACCACAUAAGAAUUCACACUCAAGGGAAACCUAAAUAAAACCUUACUGCGGUUCUGAAUGUGGCAGUAUAUUUUCCCGUAGCAACAGCCUUCAAAAUCAUGAAGAAAGUUGUGCUGAUGAAACAUCUUAUUGCUGCUUUAAAUGAGGUAAAAUAUUCUCACUUUUUAAGUAAUGUUCAUGAACAAUUAAGAAUCCCCAAGGGAGGGACGAAUUAUUGUUAUACUGAAUGUGGUAAACGAUUCUGAAAUGACAAUGGACUUCAUAACCUUAAAAUAAUUUGAAAUUAUGGAUGUGGCAAGUGUUUCUCAGACAGCAGGAGUCUUAAUGGCCACAUGACACUGGAGUAACCCUGAAAGACUAAGCUAGAGAGUAAAGGAAGCUUUCAAAACAAACUCUCAUAACUGAUGGGGGUCUUACAAUGAGUGAAAUUCACCAAAUAGGUUUUUCACAGAGAAUAGGCCAUGUUUGCCAAACGUUUUCCUGAAAAUUCAUGGUGUGGAGCUGGCUUAAACAAACUUUUUUUAUUAUUAUUACUCCCCCAGCGCCCCAUAAUGCUUUGUCAGGCUAGCGUAAUGUCACACAGGUUUAACAGCCAGUAAUGGAUGGUACAGAAUUCCAAGUAUAGAAUGCUGAUCCUAGCAGUAGACUUAAAAAUUAGCGGAAAAUACAUGUAAACAAGCAGAAGGAAAUGGGAAAGGUGUCUGUGCUUUCAUGUCUUAAAGGUAAUGUCUUUGUUUACCGACUUGUGUGUGACCUGUGUGUAAUACUGAGCCUACCCCUUGAGUAAUUUUACCCAGAGUGCUAUGCAGUUGAUGCAACAGAAAGGAGUGAAGAAUCCAUGGCCCUUCAUGUCCUGGACCGCGUAGUUUCAGAAUUUUGUGACGGCACAGCCCCGUGCGUGUAGGGCUCAUUCGAGGAAGAGUUGCAUGAUGUGAUUCGUUGCUACCCACGUCCAUGCAAUCCAACGUUAAAAAUACACAAAGAUAGCCAAAAUCUGCACAGAUGCGUGGCGAGAAUCACCCGGACUAUGAGUAAAGCUGAAAGUUUUGUAAGAGUAAAGAAAAAUCUUCAGGGGAAAAGUUGAGGGAUUUUAUAAACGUGCAGUGUCGCUCACUAAACGCUUGAACUUUAAACGGACCAGGGUGUGCAUCUUCUGUGUGCAACGGUAUCUUCCACUGUCUGCUCCCAUGUACAAGCGGGACUUUACAGUACAUAGUAUAAAAACGGUCCAGAAAAGGACUCCGUAGUGGCCGCGUAUCUCCGAACAUUAGCGGCACCUCUGUGUUAGGAGCCAGUGGGGCACCAACCCCAGAAUUCCACCAGAGGGCGCUGUUUUACAAGGCUUCACUCAGUAAGUUCAACUUGUGUAAAUAUUUACAUCUUGCCUGAAGAAGGGGCCUGAGUUGCCUUGAAAGCUUACUUAUUGUAAUCUUUUUAGUUAGCCAAUAAAAGGUGUCGUCUUGCUGGACUUCUCACUACAUUCAUAAUGGCUAACACGGUACAACACCCUAAGUACCAGCAAACUUGAUUAAUUCAUCUUUAUUACAAGCUAAAGUUAGAAAAUGGAACAAACCUUAACAAAGCUGAUCAUGUCAUUUCUCAUUGCACUUGUGCCACCUGCCAGGUAGUGCCCAGAUGCCAGCAGAAUAAAAGGUUUGGUCUUGUCCUCGUGACCACUCAUGCACUGCUUUCUUCAUGUCGGGAGGAUGUGGCAAUCCCUCCAGCUUCACCUUGGUGUUCUUAGCUGUGUGUGUUUCAUUGUCUGGCAGCAAAAGGACCCCUUGAGACAGCAGUCCCCGCUGCUUGGAUCAAAUAGCAGGCUUCACAUUGGUCUCCAACUUGCACUAGCGACUGUAGUGCCCCACGGCAUGUAGUGUUCGACAAGAACUCGGGUGCACGAGUGGUGGCGAGGAUGAGGCAAAACCUUUUAUUCUGCAGGGAACUGCCAGGCAGGUGGCGCAAGUGCAUUGAGAAAUGACAUGAUCAGCUUUGUUAAGAUUCGGUCCAUUUUGUAACUUUAGCUUGGCUCCCCCUCGUACUUUUGUUUUUUUAAUUUCCCACCAUAUACUACAGAAUGCAUUUUCUUAUCUAUAACAGACUGUGUGAAAUCACCUUCCCAUGUGUUGCUGCCUGCUGGUUUCUCCUUAGUAAUAUGGACCCUGAAUUGUUUUCCUGAUAACCUGACAUGCAUGUGCACGUAUGCAACCGCAGCUUCCAUAAAUGCCGAGGGGGGUCCGAUGGCUACACACCCAAUUGUAUUGUCAGCAGAAAAAAAAAAAAAGCGCUCCACAGCUGUCCUUUUCGUUCGUUCACACUUAACAGUCUGAGGUCGUGUCAGUCAAGGCAAGCCAGUGAUGAGUAACAAGUCCAGAACUGUUUCAAUAAUAAAACAUUGUCAUAAAAUAAGGAAAGACAAUUUUCUAUCGGAAAUGCUUCAAGCAGAAGACACACUGAUGGGCAUCUCAACAUCUUUUGGUAUUCAGCCCUCCAUGCUAUUGGCCAGGCCAGGCUUUACAUUUUUAAAAGCUGCCCCAGAUGGCAUACGUUUGGGGAGUAAAGCUGAGAGAGGAGACGCCAACCUGCAGGAGCGUCCUGGCAGCGAGUCGAGGGAUGUGCCGAUCUGCUAAGCACACGUGGUGGACGUGUCUGAUUUGAGGCCAGCGGUGGUGUGUGUAGGCUGAAUAUGUUUAUCGUCUUUUUAUUACAAUGUACUGUAAGGGUUAAAUAAUUUUCUCUUCUGUUUUAUGUUAUAAUGCUGUACUUUCUAUUGUUUUUUUUUUAAAUAUCAAUAAAAUGUUUCAGUGGUUGCCAUGUUUAUCCCAU